CCCCGCCCGGCUUCCGGGCCGCUUGAAACUGGGGCAGAGGAGAAGGCAGUCAGCGAGUGAGCCGGGUAGUCUGCUGAGGGGGAGGCCGUCCCGGCCAGGCCAAGAUCUGCAUAAUGGAAAAGCAAGUGCUUGAGUCAUCUGAGGAGCGAACAUUUCAGUACCAAGAUUCUCUGCCUUCCCUGCCAGUACCUCCUCUUGAUGAAUCUUUAAGUAAAUACCUUGAUGCAGUGAAGCCAUUUCUAAAUCAAGAAGAAUAUGAAAGAACUGAGAAUAUUGUUAAAAAUUUUGAAAAUGGGAUUGGGAAACAGUUGCAUCAGAAAUUACUGGAAAGAGCUAAAACCAGGAGGAAUUGGCUGGAGGACUGGUGGCUGAAUGUAGCUUAUCUUGAUCUUCGCAUAUCGACUCAAAUACACUGUAAUAUGGGAGGCCCUGGCCCCUAUAUUGAAAGCUGCUGGCCACCCAAAGAGGGCACUCAAAUAGCAAGAGCAUCAGUGCAUAUAUGGCAUACCCUGCAAUACUGGCAUCUAUUACGAGUAGAGAAAGUGCCUGUUGAGAGAUCUGGGAGUGCUGUUCUAGACAUGAACCAAUUUCGAAUGCUCUUCUGCACUUGCAAAAUUCCUGGAAUUACCAGAGACUCAAUCAGCAGUUCUUUUAAAACUGAGACUGAAGGUGAAUGCCCAUCUCACUUAAUAGUCCUGUCUCGAGGUAGAGUGUUUGCAUUUGGUGUUAUACAUGAAGGCAGUAUGCUGACGGCUCCAGAGAUUCUCAGGCAACUUGCAUAUAUCCAGAAAAGAUGCCAUAGUGAACCGGAUGGACCAGGACUGGCAGCCCUAACAAGCAAUGAAAGAACAAAAUGGGCAGAGUUACGUCAGUAUUUGAUUGAUCUUGAUCUAAAAAACUUGGCUCUUCUGGAAAAAAUUGAGAGAAGCUUGUUUGUGGUCUGCUUGGAUGAUGCUAGUCCCCAUGCAACUCCUGAAGACUACUCUGAGGUUACAAGUCUGGGGCUAGCAGGUGAUCCGACUGUACGCUGGGGAGAUAAAUCCUACACUUCCAUAUUCUUUUCCAAUGGAACCUGUGGCAUGUGCUGUGAUCAUUCUCCUUUAGAUGCCAUGGCUUUAAUUACCAUGCUUGCGACUACCGAAAAGAAGAUCAUUGAGAGUGAUGGAAAAUGGAAGGGUUCCGAUAAAGUGAGGGAUAUUCCGUGGCCAGAAGAACUUGUAUUUACAUUGGAUCAAAAACUUAUAACUGAAAUUGGACAUACUAAAGAAUGGUAUUACAAAAAGGUAUCUGAUAUGCAGAUAGUGAUGUAUGCCUACACAUCCUUUGGCAAGGGACUGAUUAAAAAGAAGAAACUUCAUCCUGAUACUUUUGUGCAGCUUGCCCUUCAGCUGGCUUUCUACAAGUGCCAUGGACGCCCAGGCUGCUGUUAUGAGACUGCCAUGACGAGGCGUUUCUAUCACGGCCGCACAGAGACCAUAAGAUCAUGCACUGUGGAAGCAGUGGAGUGGUGCAAGUCCAUGCUGGAUCCUUCUGAGACUAUUUACAACCGAUUACAACUGAUGAAUAAUGCAUUUGCAAAGCAUAACAAAUUAAGGAAAGAUUGUGAGAAUGGAAAAGGCUUUGAUCGUCAUCUUUUGGGUCUCCUACUCAUAGCACAGGAGCAGGGACUGCCAGUGCCAGAACUUUAUGUGGAUAAUGCCUUCACAGCCAGUGGAGGAGGUGGGAAUUUCAUUCUUUCCACCAGUCUGACUGGCUACAGUAAUUUUACUGGAUCUACACUCCCUAUGGUGCAUCAUGGCUACGGAUUUUUUUAUUCAAUCAGAGAAGACAGGAUCCUCACUACCUGUAGUUCUUGGAAAUCAUGUCCAGAGACUGAUGCAGAAGUGCUCUGUAGAACUGUGCACCAAUGUUUCCAGGACAUGCUACAAUUAACUAUUGCAGCUCAGCUGUAAGGUUGAUAAUGAUGUCUUUGCAAGGCCAUGACUUAUAUGUAGUAAUUACAACUGAAAUGUUACUCAAGAGUACUGUUACACUCACAUUAAGGCAUUUAAUGAUCUUUGUGAAAUCUACUUUUUUUUUUCUUUUUUUUAUGUACUGUGGUAACCGUAUCUAUUUAAGAGUAAUGUAGCCAUUUGCAACAACAAUGCAACCAGUAGUACCUUAUCUAAGUAGAACUAUGCAAUAAUAAAAUAUGCCUCAACAAUGCAAGCAUACUUAAGAGACAGGGUGUUGGAAGUGAAGAAUUCAUGGCAGAUUUGUAAUUAUGAUCUUAGCAGUAGCACAUAGAAUGCUUUGUAGUCUACUGGUACUGUAUGUGGAGCACUUAACGGUGUGGUUACUUUAAGGUGAUUUGUUUCCAAUUCAUAGUGGCUUAUGAAAUGUAAGUGCUGCCUCUGUCAGCCUGUAUGUUAUUAAAUAAAUUAUCUCUCAUUUUGCUGCUGGAAUGAUGCCAAAUAAAUGUAUCCAUGAAUGGGGACAUUCCCACUACAUUUGUAGUAUGAAAGCACUACACUCUGAAGUAUUUUGAAAAAAGGAUUUCUGAAUAAUAAAGCUAGAAAGAGUAUGAGUUCCAGAGUUUUCAUCUUCCACCAAACUGUGAACAGGUGCUGCUUUACACUAAUAAUGCACAACAAAAAUAAGCACUGAAUACAGUUUGGUACUCUUUCCAGAUUUUAAGACUUGAUUGCUCUGUCUCAUCAGUUCUUUAUUUUCCUGUCCUAGAAAAUAAAUUCUUUUUAAAAUCAGCUUUGUAUUGGUGGAUUUGUGGGUUCACUGUGUAAUGCAUAGCAAAUAAACUUUGUGAAAGAGAGAUGAUUUUGGGAACAGAUGAACUUGACACAGAUUCUAAAUUACCCAUUGUUUUCUCUGGUUUUUGGGGUGGGUUUGAGAGAGAGCAGAGACUAUUAUUUGUUCUACAAAACCAACUGCAUCCUCAGCUAACAUCAAACCAAGCUCUUUGCUUUCUGGAAGCUCUUCAUAUUUUUUCCACGCAGCACGAACAGAGUUUCCUUUUUGUUUCCUUCCUCAAAACCUGAUGAUUCUCUGACUAAUGGGCCAAUGUAUGUCUGAAAACAUUCUUGUUAUUUCAGCCUUAUCUUCCUGUACUUUCUUGGACUGUUUGUACAUCCUGUCUAAAUUAAACUGACAACUGUUUGUUUAAUGGUUGAUUUCUUGUACAAAUUUCCCACAAAGUAAGAAUCCAUUCCUUUUUCUGAAGUGCUUAUAAUAACCUACUCUGUUUCUUGGAUGUAAAUGGCUUUCUGAAAUCUCUUAGUGAAGAAUUAGAAUUUUUGCUGAAUGUUGCAAUAAAAUUAUUUU